AUGUGGCCGACCCCUCCAGCAUUUUCACCGUGCCGAACAAAACGAGCAACACUCCUCUUCCUUCUACUGGCACUACUGGCCACCACCGUCACUGCGACGGCAUCCGCCAAAGUCUAUGAAGCGGACGAAUACAUUCGGCUCAACCGGCACUCUCCACCACGGAGCGACAUAUCCGACACCAACAAAACAGUCCUCGCCUACAUCACACCAUGGAACCCAAAAGGUAUGGAAUUGGUGGACGAGUUCGCCGAAAAGAUCGACAUGGUCUCACCUGUGUGGUACACCGUCAUUGUUUCGCGCUCUUCCCCGGUUGCUGCAGCCAAGGAAAGAUGGAAGGAGGCCAAAGGCAGCGGUGAUGCUGAGUACGUCUUAAGCGGCGGUCCGACGAACAAGAAGGAGGAAGCAUGGUUGAAGCGCAAGUUGAAGCCAGGGUCGGAAGUGCAGAUCGUCCCUCGCUUCUUUCUAGAUGGAUGGAAGCAGAAAGACUACGCCAACUUGCUUUCGAAUACCAACAACUGGAAUCGGAUAGCCGACGUCAUCGCUGAUGAAGUCGAGAAAAGAAACUACGAUGGUGUCGUACUGGAAUCUGCAGCGACUCAUCUUCUCUUCGAGCCGAUACAGACGCUCGCUUCUGCCCUCAAAGCCACGCCAGGAAGGAAUGGUAAGGCGAGAACGCUGACAGUAGUACUGCCACCCUUACGAACGAAGCACUCGUUGGGCGGAGAGAAGCCCGACCGAGUCCAAGACAGCCAGAAUCGAAUGAUUGCACAGUCGGUUCCGCAGUUGGCGCAGGUCGUCGACUACCUCUCGAUCAUGACCUACGACAUGUCUUCCGCAGGUGGUCGGGUCAGCGGCAUCUCGGGCAAAGAGUUUCCGGAUGGCAGUCCAUUGAGGGGAGCAAAGAAAGGCAGUCUCAGACAGCCCGGUCCCAACACGAGCCCAGAGUGGAUCGAGCAGAACAUGAACAUGAUUGAAGACGCGACUCGAGCUGCAGCAAAGGCAAAGCUGGUCAAGACCAAGAAGGAGCGAGAACAGGAAAAGGAUCAAGAGGCCAGGCAAGAAGAGGCCAGGCAAGAGAAGGAGGAAGAUGUGGAGAAGCUGAGGCACCCAAGCAAUCCUUUUAUCUACGACGACUUUGCCGCUACAGAAGUGCUGGAUGAGGAAGAAGAGAAGGCGAAGGAGAAGGAGAAGCAGCUUGAGGAACAAAGGGAGGCUGUGGAUGAGCUUGCUUUGAUUAGAGGCAAGCUCUUGAUGGGUAUGCCCAUGUACGGGUAUCGGUAUCCAGUGUUUUGGAUCGACAAAGCUGCGGGCCAUGGGGUUCCAGUCCCUCCUCCAUUGAACCCUGACCAGGCGAAAGAACUCCUCGCUCGCGCAGACUCAUCUUCGGACGCAGCUGUCCUGCCUUUCCUGCGUGGACCUGGAGAGGCUCUGACCAUGGAUAGCAUUGUCUCUGUUCUGACUGACAAUGAUGGCGUCAUUGUCGACACGCAGGAAGGAAAUGGAGAAGGGUGGUUUGACUACGCAGAAACCAUUACAAAAGAGACGCUAAAAUCGAGGGAAAGCCUUGGAGUCAAGGAAGGAGAUCAAAUCUAUUGGCGCUUGUACUUGCCACUGCCAUCGGCAACAGAGACGAGGCUGACGGCACUGAACAAUAAAGCAGAGCUGCAAGCGGGCUUGUCGUUCUGGGAGCUGGGUCAGGCCAGCCCGAUUCUCCUGAAUGAUCUGUAG